AUGGCGGUAGAACACCCAAAGUCCCUUCGGGAAUAUGCCAUGCCUGAUGGGAGUUUAGGGUCGAGUAUUGUUCAACCAACCAUCACAGCCGCAAACUAUGAGAUCAAACCAGCUUUCUUUCAAUUUAUUGCUCAGAAUCAAUUUGCCGGCACUGAGGUGGAGAAUCCAAACGACCACCUAGAUGAGUUCGUGAAUAAGUGUGGCACCGUGAAAUAUCAGGGGAUUUCUGAUGAACAGAUGAAGCUGAUUUGUUUCCCCUACUCACUCAGCGGGGAGGCAAGAGAUUGGUUAAGAUCUGAAGGUCCGAACAAGUAUCGCACUUGGGAGGCAUUAUCUAAGGCUUUCCUUGCUCGAUUCUUUUCACCAGCCAAAACUGCUAAACUACGUAAUGAUAUCACCUCAUUCCGUCAAGAUGAUGGUGAAGCAUUAUACGAGGCUUGGGAAAGAUAUAAAGGGCUACAAAGGAAGUGCCCGCACCAUGGAAUCCCAGACUGGCUCUUAAUUCAGAAUUUUUACAAUGGUCUUAGGGACGAGAUACAAAUUUCAGUAGAUGCUGCAGCUGGAGGAACAUUGAUGGCCAAAACCCCCGAGGUAGCCAAGCAGAUAAUCGAGGAAAUGUCCUCGAAUUUCCAUUGGAGAGAUAAAAGGAAUACCAAGAAAGGUGGAAAAUAUGAAGUGGAUGCAUUACUUGCUAUUCAAAACUCUGUCCACGCAUUGUCAAUGAGGAUGGACCAAUUGAGUGUAGGGAACACACUAAAGGCUUGUGAAGUGUGUGGAAUCCAAGGUCAUUCCCCAUCAGAGUGUGCAGCAGCAGAAUCAUCAUCAAGCCAACAAGUCAAUGCAGUUUACAACCAAGGGAAGCCACCAUUCAAUCCAUACUCUAACACUUAUAAUGAAGGUUGGAGGCAUCAUCCCAACUUUUCAUAUAAAAAUCCCAAUGCAUCAUUGAACCCACCAUCAUUAUAUCACCAACCUCCACCAACAUAUAACCAACAACCCCCAGGGUUUCAAAAACCCCCACCACAAAACUCACCGCAAAAAUCAAAUUUGGAGUCCAUGAUGGAGAACUUCAUUGCCACUCAGUCCAAGAUUAAUGCUGAUACUUCUAGUGCCAUCCAACAGAUUCAAGCACACAACAAAAUCAUUGAUAAUCUGAUGGCACAGAUGGCGCAAUAA